CCAGCUGUUGGAAUCGUUUGAGAGAAACGCAACAAAUUUUAAUAAGUUUCUGUGCUAUCUUGAAUUUAACCCAGUCAUCAAAUUGCACCAUGUUGCUAGCCGUGUUAACGUUGAUCGUCUCGUUGGUGACACCGUCUUUGGCAGGAGUGAAACAAAUUGAAGCAAAUCCUGAUGCUAAACGGUUGUACGAUGACCUGUUAAGCAAUUACAACAGACUAAUCAGGCCAGUAAGCAACAACACCGAAACGCUUACUGUUUAUCUUAGGCUUAAAAUGUCACAACUUCUUGAGAUGAAUUUAAAAAAUCAAGUCAUGACUACAAACCUUUGGGUUGAGCAGAAAUGGGUCGAUUACAAACUUCGCUGGGAGCCUGAAGAAUAUGGCGGUGUUGAAAUGCUUUAUGUACCGUCAGAGCAUAUUUGGCUUCCCGAUAUCGUCCUUUACAAUAAUGCUGAUGGAAACUAUGAAGUAACAUUAAUGACAAAAGCGACAUUAAAAUACACAGGAGAGGUAUUAUGGCGACCUCCUGCCAUUUACAAAUCAUCAUGUGAGAUCAACGUUCUUUACUUUCCUUUUGACGAGCAAAGUUGCACCAUGAAAUUUGGCUCAUGGACUUACAAUGGAGUUCAGGUUGAUCUUAAGCAUAUGGACCAGGUUCCAGGGUCAAACUUUGUAGAUGUAGGAAUUGAUCUGACAGAAUUUUAUCUGUCUGUAGAGUGGGAUAUACUAGCUGUACCCGCUACUAGAAAUGAAGAGUAUUAUCCUUGCUGUGAUGAACCAUAUUCAGAUAUAACUUUUAAUUUGACAAUGAGAAGGAAAACCUUGUUUUACACUGUCAACCUAAUCAUCCCUUGUGUUGGCAUCACUUUUUUGACAGUACUUGUAUUUUAUCUUCCGUCUGAUUCUGGCGAAAAAGUCACACUGUGCAGUUCAAUUCUUGUAUCCCUCACUGUGUUCUUUUUGCUGCUCGCUGAAAUAAUUCCUCCAACGUCACUGGCAGUACCGCUUUUAGGAAAAUAUCUACUCUUUACAAUGACAAUUGUAACUUUAUCAAUAACGGUGACAGUUUGUGUACUCAAUGUUCACUUCAGAUCGCCUUCAACUCAUGAAAUGAAACCUUGGGUUAAGAAAAUUUUUCUCCUUUAUAUGCCUAAAAUGCUGAUGCUGCGAAGGCCACCUUAUUCGCCCGGUGAUUCCUUUGAUGACAAUUAUCAAGAGUCUGGGUACGUCUAUGAUGGCGAUUAUAGGGACAGUGUGAGCGACCCGUACCAAAUGGAUUCGAAAAAUAGCCCAACGGACACCUUCGAGUCUGUCGCUGGAUUUAGAAGCACGUCCGAAGAGAGCAGGCAUCAGGCGCAUUCUUCUAUGGCAGAUAGAGAAAAUAUGCUUCCACGUACUAUGUCACCAAGGGUUCUAUCUGCAUUAGAAGGCGUUCAGUUUAUCGCACAACACAUAAAGGAUGGCGACAAAGAUAACGAGGUUGUCGAGGACUGGAAGUAUAUUUCGAUGGUUUUGGACAAGUUUUUCCUGUGGGUUUUCUCUCUGGCUUGCAUUGUCGGCACAGUGGCGAUAAUUUUCCAGGCUCCGUCGCUCUACGACAAAAGGAUUCCGAUUGACGGCACUACGUCCGGAAUUUCAUUCGGGAAAGGAAUUCAGCAGGUACCGACCGAGUUCAUUCAACACCACGAGCUAUAAUUUUCUAAAAAUCCUAUGUACUAAAAAAAAUCAAAGAAUGAAAACCUUUGAAAAAGAUUCUUUUAUAAACGAGAUUGUUAUACUUUUGUCUAAUUGUUAAGGUUAUGAAAGUUCUCACUCAAAUGUUGAACUAACUAUGCAGUAUUAGUAGACAUAAAUUUAAAAUUGAUAUAGUUGUAUAUGAGUUUUAACAAAUUA